UCGGGCAUACUUCAUGGUGGAUUAUCUAGAUAACAUUUAGAAACAAUGCUAGUGAGUGUUCUUUACUGUUUUCUAUUGGGCGCCUAUGCAUUUGCUGUUGAAGAUCUGGAAGAACUUUUCAAGCAAACCAAAAUAGUCCCAGAUGUGCUGGAAGAAGCUCCAAAAGAGAAAUUAAUGGUAAAAUUGGAAAAUGGUCUGGAAGUGGGCGAUAAUAUGGAAGUCAAACCUGCUGAUACUUUAUCAGCCCCCAACAUUGACUGGCCAUUAGUCGAUGCAGAAAAAUUUUACACCGUCUACAUGGGAUGUCCUGAUGCUCCAGAUCCCAAAGAUCCCCGUUGGAGUGAGUCAUUACAUUGGUUGGUCGUCAACGUACCAGGCAAUCAAAUAGACAAGGGUGACGAGUACUGUCCAUUUGUGGGACUAUUUCCUCCGAAAAAUGUUGGCUUCAUGCGUUACGUUUAUUUGGUUUAUGAACAGCCAAAUAAAAUGAAGUUUGAUGAAAAAGUUAUUGAUGACAAUGAUGGCAUGGCUCACAUGCAUUUUAAAAUAAAGAAAUUUGCUGAGAAAUAUAAACUGGGCACACCGGUGGCUGGUAAUAUUAUACGGGCUCAAUGGGAUGAAAUGGUACCACAGUUGCAUACGCAAUUGGGCCUGGUGCUUAAAGAGUAGACAACUUCGCAUGGGCAUACAGCAGAGAAAUUAAAAUGGUUUGAUUUUAUAAUACCUUCGUAUGUAUUUUCCUAUAUUAAAAACUCUAGCUCAAGACCUUAACUUUUAUCAAUACACAAUGUUCUUACUACACAGGCCGAAAAGUAAAAAAAAAAAACAUUUAUAUAAAAAUUUCCAUUUAAUCAUGAGUUCUGUAAUUCUUAUUAUGAAUGAAUAAAAAUAGUAAAGCACGCACACACAGCAUAUCACGUA